AUGGGCCAAACCACAGCCUCGAGGCUUUCCUCAUCCAUCAUCAUCCUCAUCUUUGCUGCUUUAAUUUAUACCCAGUCGGGCCUCCUAUGGAGAUUGGUGGGGCGAGCGGAUAUUGACAAAGGAAGGCUGGUAAAAUGGGAAAAUAGCAAGCCGAUCAACAAUGAUAAGUGCCAUGUCAUCAAGGAAAUGAAUGCUUGCGAGGAUGUGAAGAUUCAUUACGCAUCAAACACGGCUUUCGCUGCCUGCGGUGACCCAGUCGAACGAAGAAGCUGGUAUCCAUGCGCUGGGAUGCGCGAUGCGCCUCAGCGAUCAGAGGCAUCAUUCCGCGAGUACUUAUUCAAGCAUGAUUUGAAGACAGGCAAGUCGACGCAACUCGAACUCCGAGGAUUGGAGGGUGAUUUCAUUACGCAUGGCAUCGACAUAUUUUCAAUUCCGGAAAGUGCAUCAAAGGUUCCUAGUGCAGUCCAGGGUCCCGUCGCCGAGGUCCGAGCUAAAUACUGUCAGAUCCAUAUUUUUGCCGUGAACCAUGCACGGGACGGAGAUUCCAUCGUCAUAUUCUCACAUGAACUCGGAUCUGACACCGUUGAUUUGGUGAAGAAAGUCAGACAUCCAAAUAUCAAGACCGCAAAUGGUGUCGUUGCGACCGGACCCGGGUAG